AUGGCACACACUGCAGAGAAGCACUUGAACACAGCGAGAAGAAGAAUGGCUUGUGUGACCAACCAUUUCAUUCCGCUCGAUCAUUUGCCUCCAAUUACUGGUUCAAAUAUUGAAUUAUGUAACACCUCCAUGAACGACAGCUACCAUAGGAUCCAUGGUGAAGUUCCCACUGCUUGUGAUGAUGAGUCCGGCAAUGAGUUUCACUUCACUGACAUUAUCUACGAGAAAGCCAUUGGCGAAGGGUUAGCAAAGAUAACUAGUAAUAGGACAGAGAGACGAAAUGCAUUCCGGCCACUGACAAUUAAGGAGCUUAGUCGUGCAUUUGAUGAUGCGAGGAAUGAUAGUUCAGUGGGAGUUAUCAUUCUUACUGGGAAGGAAACCAAGGCAUUUUAUAGUGGUGGUGACCAGGUGUUGAGAACCAAGGAUGGUUAUGAUGACUAUGAAAAUUUUGGUCGUCUUAAUGUUUUAGAUUUACAGGUACAGAUUCGUCGUCUUCCAAAGCCAGUGAUAGCAAUGGUGGCAGGUUAUGCUGUUAGAGGAGGACAUGUGUAACACAUGGUCUGUGAUUUAACCAUUGGAGCAAUUAAUGCUAUUUUUGGUCAAACUGGUCCUAAGGUAGUUUUUUUUUUUUUUUUUGGGGGGGGGAAUGGCCCUAAAAGAACACGUGAGAUGCGGUUUUUGGCAAGGUUCUACACAGCUUCCGAAGUAUAUAAAAUGGGACUUAUAAACAUUGUUGUACUGGUGAGUUCAUUUCCAGUAUAAGAAAACCUGAAAAUUGUUGAGAUUAAAUGGUGUCAAGGGAGUCUAAGAAACAGCCCAACUGCAAUUCGGGUGCUCAAAGCAGCUCUUAAUGCAGUUGAUGAUGGCCAUGCUGGCUUGCAGGAAAUUGGUAGAAAUGUUGCACUCCUAUUUCCUCGACAACCUUAG